AUGCAGUCAACAUUCGAACGGUUAUCAGAUGAAAUUUUAAUGAUCAUUUUCAGUUAUUUGGAUGAUGUUGUUUCUAUAUUUCAAACAUUUCUCGGUUUGAAUCAACGUAUAAGUAAUAUUCUUCUUGAUAAACGAUUACAUUUAUUAACUGAUUUUCUAUGCAUAAAUAUUGAUUCUGAAACAAUGUCUUCCUAUUAUAAUUCAUUAGAAUUUCAAUAUGUAACACAAAAACUUAUGUCACUAAAUGAAAUUACAAACAAUAAUGAAAUUGUUCAAUGUCUAGAAUCAUUAGUUUGUUUUCAUAUAAAAAAUCAAUAUAUUCGAUUAGAUAAAGAAUUUCAAUUAAAUCAAGAUCAUUUUCAAUCUAUACGUAAACAAUUAACUGAUAAUGAAAUUCAAAAUGUUGAUAAUGAAUUAAAAAUAGCAUUUAAUAAAUUAGAACAUACAUCGAAUACAAUUCAACAAAUACAUUCUCUUAUUUACAUACGUGGUGCACGUCUCGAAUGUGAUGAUGAUAAUCAAAUGCGUUCAUUUGAUUUGGCUAAAGCUAUUAGUCGUCAAAUGGUUUUCUACUAUAAAUCUACUUUAUAUCAUUAUAAAAAAAAAUUUUAUCACCUUAUAUCUAUAUUCAAAGGAUUAAUUAUUUCAAAUCCGAAUCUUUUAAAAAUUUCUCAUUAUCUUAGUUAUGGUUUCAAUGUUGUUCAUUUUUUACUUUUUACUAUUUUUCAAAGACGUUUUAUCUAUACUAAUCAAUUAUGUACAACUAAUUUAUACUAUUAUCAAUCACUUGUUGAUCUAGUUUUAUUAUCAAUACGAUCUAUUUUAAAUGAUAAAUCAUGGUCAGAAAGUUAUUUAUUUGAAAUAUUAAAUAUGAUUAAAUCAAAUGAAGAAUCAAUAAACAGUAAUAGUAAUAUAGUUUUUCGAACAACAGAAAUAGAACUAUUAAAAAUUUUACUUGAUCAAUCUAAUUUACAUAUGACUAUUCCAUGGACUGAUAAUACAAAUCAUUCAUUUACACAAGCUCUAAAUCAUUUGAUCGAAAAUGAUUGUAUGAAUAUUGUUCUAAUGAUGCAUCGACAUAAUCAAUUUUUACGAAAUUUUCUGCACACAACAGAUUAUAUUGAAAAGUUUAUUAAUAUCAUGCUUGGAAAUUAUAAGAGAAAACAAUUAUUCAAACAAUUACUUGAUGAAAAACCGUUAAAUGCAUGUUUUAUAAGGAAAGAAUUUCUAUUUCAGUUAUUAAAUAAAAAACAAUUUCAAAUGUUGAAAAAAAUUAUUACAUUAUCGAAUGCAGUUUUAAAUGAAUUGGAUGAAGAUGGAAAUGAUCUCUUGUUAUAUUUAUGUUUAAAAGUUCAUGGUUGUCGACAUCGUUUUAUUCAAUAUCUAAUUAAAAUUGAUUGUAAUAUACAACGAAAAAAUUUUUUUAAUCAAUCUUUUUUUGAUGUAAUAGAAUUGAAACGAAAUCGAAAAUUAUUAACAAAAUUAUUCGAACAUGAAAUCAUUUCUAUUGAUAAAAUAACUGGAAAAAUAAAAAUUUCAUAA